AUGAAAGACAGUGAAAGAAGCGUUGCGGUAUUGGAUGCUCCAUUGCAGGAAGCUCAAGCAAAGACAGACACCUUGCACAAGAAUUCACCAGAAGAACUGUCUGUUGAUGGAUACCUGAUAAACAAUGACCUGCAAGGAAAGAUAUUGGUGACGGAAUCUAUCAGGGACAAUGUGUUUUAUCAAAGCUCAAGCGAAAGAGAUUUCUCUUGCGAAAAGCCAAGAACAAUAAACUUGCUGGGUCAAAGCUUGAAGCAAGAGAAUACAACAAGAGAAACGCCAAAGACUGAAGAUUUAAUAAACAAAAGGUCAUGUAAAAAAGUUUCGCAUGAUAAAUGCUUAAAACCAGGAAUUUUAAUGGGGAAAAUAUCCAGAAGACAAGGUUUAUUAAGUGAAAUAUCAAAGACGGGAGUUCUGUUAGUUGAAAGUGAGAAGAAACAAAUUUUGUUGCAGGAACUCAUGAAUAACAAUUUGACACAAGACGUUUUAGCAAGACAAAGUUCAAAGACUGUGGACCUGCAGUUGGGCAGACUCACUAAGACAACAAAGCUAUUUGGUGAAAGGUUCAGUGGUCAAAAAUCAGAGGAAGGUGUGUCCACAUUUGAAAACUUGACAAGUUUGCGGAACCAAAACUUGGUAGAAGAUAUUCUUGAUAUUAGCCCAACGAGGUCAACGUCUAAUCGUGACACAUUUGGUUUCUCUUACAGCCCAAAAGACACGACUACACAGUUCAUAUCAGAUGAUUUGCAAUGGAACUUAAGCUCUGGUCAAGUUGUUGCUGGUGAAGUUUGUAAUGAGAUCUUGAGGGGAGGUGCACCAUUGGCUUCACAAUUGCAAGAGCAUCAAAUUGAGACAUUUGGUCCUGUAUUCAGCCACAGGCCUGAGCUGGUUUUGUCUAAUUUUGGCUAUGAUGGGGGAGGUAAAUCGACAUGUGGUGAAUUCUAUGAAGGUGAUCACUUGGAUAAAAGCUCAAGGGAAAAAUGUCCCGACUCUCCCAAAGGAGAAUUUAUAGAGGACCAGUCCCAAGGUGGUCAAGUUGUUAGUGGAGGUUUUAUGACAGAAGGUUUGUUGGUUUCGCAAAACUGGCACGAAAUUCUACGAGGGUCAAUUUCGGACCUUGACCAAUAUAUCACGGCCAAUUUGUUGAGAUCACCAACUCCAGAUGGUAAACUGAACACUCCUCAAGAAUGUGGAGGUGGUAUCAUGGAAGAUCCUCUAAGCAUAGAAGGUUCAUCAAGCAGAAGCUUGAAAAAUGGAGUUUCCCUGGAUCAAAGCUCACGAGAUAUAUUUCUUGGAGAAAGCUCAAGCGCAAAUGUAAUUGGAUUGCAUGAGGUGGCUUUAACUGAGUUUGUUUCACCAACUAGGCAAACCACUGUAGCCCACCUGUUGACAUCUCGUGAUCAAUUUAGUGAGGCUGGCUCUUCACAGUGCUAUGAAGGAGUAAAGUUAAAGCAGGAGAUAGAGGAACCCCAUCCCUUGCCUGAAGAACUAUCCAGCUUGCUGGAAUUUUCCCCGACCACCUUACCAGAUUGGCAUGACAUUGGUUGUGAAACUUCAAGCAUAAUGGACAUCACUUUUGGGCUUGAGAUGUAUCACCUUCAUCCUAUCAUGAGAUAGGACCUUAAAUGAGGUAAAAGUUUGGUUUCUGCAGUAGUCUUGCAUAAGGUUAACUCGAGACAUUUUGAACUCAAAUGUUCUCACUGUUGACUCAGCA